AUGCGUAUCUCUCGACUAAUCGUCUGGACGGCGCUGGGAUGGGCUCUACCUCUGACUGUCGACGCCGUCCCCGGGGCGCAGGUCCAGAGACGGCAAGAGACGACAGAUACUGGCUUUCCAGCUCUUACGACCGACUCGCCCUCUGUCUCCACAGACACUCCAGCUUCAGAGAGCGUGACGGUCACAGCAGCUGCAACAACCUCAACAAACGAGGCUCAGUCUUCUAAAUCCACGGCAUCAUCUACAUCGGCUGGAAAAUCGUCCUCGUCAAGUCUCUCUUCGACGGUCAAGCAUUCCCCUACGACGACAUCCAUCCUGCCGACCGCUUCCAGCACUACCGCCAGCAAUGCUACGUCGAGUUCGGACGAGAAAGAGUCAGAUGCACUGCCAAUACAUCCGCAAAUCACACCGGCCUUUGGUAUCGCCGGAGUGUUCCUCAUUGUCCUCGGCGCCACAUAUGCGAUGAUUGGGGUCAAGAGCAGAUGGGUCCAGAUAUUCCUGUCCUGUGGGUUCCUUGCGAGUAUUGCGACAACGGCGUUGGUCGACUAUGUCAUGAACCCACCGGUCACGAAUGCUGUCCAAGGAGGCUUUUUCGUAGCAAUCUUCAUGACCGGUGUGAUCUUUGGAGGUGGAGCCCUGGUAUUCAAAGAAAUCACCGAAGGCUUUGCCUGUCUGCUGGGCGGGUUUUGUUUCAGCAUGUGGCUGCUCACACUGCGACCUGGUGGCCUCGUCACUAGCUCGGGAGGAAAAGGUGUUUUCAUUGGAAUAUUCUGUAUUGCAAUCUGGGCGCUGUCGUGGACACAUUACUCUCGGCCAUAUGCGCUAAUCGGAGCAAUAUCUUUCAGCGGAGCCACGGCAUUCACACUGGGCGUUGAUUGCUUUACACGGGCUGGCUUGAAGGAGUUCUGGUUCUACAUCUGGGAUCUCAACGACGACCUCUUCCCCUUAAACACCAACACUUUCCCACUGACAAGAGGAAUCAAGGUCGAAAAUGCGAUAAUUGUGAUUGGCACCAUCAUCGGUGUGCUCUCACAGAUGAAACUCUGGAAGGUCAUUAGAUCCAAGGAGCGUGAGAAGGAGGUCGUCGACGAGGAGGACUCACGCCAGAGAGAAGCCGUUGAGGCUGCUCUGGGCCGACACUUGCAACGGCAGAACGAACGGGAAAAGUCAGAAUGGGAGAAGCAAUACGGCGACCGCCUCGCGAGCAGACGGAGCACCGUACUGUGGCAGAACGCACAUCCCGAGAAGCGAUAUUCCACUGUGUCGGUCGUUCAGCUUGACCAGAUAUCGAAGCAAGGUUCUUCUGAAAGCUUGGAGACGGAUGCGUACGGCCCCAGGAGAUCGGAUUCGGCAUACGGCUCAAAGAACAAGCGGCAGAGCACACUGCCAGUGGACGUCAUUGAAGAAGUAGAUGAGGAUGCCGGUGCUCUUGCGACGAAAGAGCGGCAGAGAGCUCUCCAGGCUCUGGAGAGGACCAAAACUCCCCUUAGUGGGCUGGAGCGUACACGCAGCCGUGACUCCCUAGCAGGAAAGAGCGCUCCGGGUGCAUCGAAUGAUGGUGGCUCCGAUCUUGGUGCCGCUCCCAUUGAUCCGUCAGGGAAACUUGGCGAUCCAUCAAGACUCAAGCGUCUUUCGCAACAGUCACUUUCCCGGAUAUCCAAACACCUCAGUGUGAACUAUAACGGCAACUCUCAGUCACAAGAACAUCUCAUUGACAUGGAACGGCCACACAGCAGAGCAUCUUCGGCUGCUGCAACCCUAGACGUUGACAACGAAGAUCUGGACGUCCACGCGAUCGACGUCGAGCUGGACAGGGAUGUGCCAUCCCCGCCGGAUAUUGUCAUAUCCCCGGCACGUAACUCUGGACCCACGUUUGCCGACGCGGCAGAUCCGAACAAGCCCUCGACUGAAAGGCAAGGCACACCGGCUUCGAGCGUUGGCGGCAAUCUAGAACGAGAUCGCCUGGUCCUUGAGCCUGAUAGGAUAUCCAAGAAUGGCGGUACGAGCUCAGAGGAGGCACAGACGCCCGAGGAAAGCACCUUUAGGGCUGAGCAUUGUGAACCCCAAAACCCUCAGUCACACACAUCGGAGUCGAGCACUUCGAGCGCUGACACUUUGACAAAGACUGCUCUUGCGUCAGUGCCGAGCCAGCUGUCGAGCGUGGUCUUGUCAUACCGGACCAACGAGUGGGCGAAGCAUAUCACUGUGGCUGAAGAACCGAUGUAUGACGAGCCAGAGACCAUUGAGGGCGUUGACAACGAGUUGCCCACCCAUCUGGCUCCGGUAUCAAUGGAGUCCGAAAAGGAACAUCUCACCGCAGACCCGGCUGGCGAAGUUUCCCCAGCAGCGACUUUGCCGCCCACGGUCAAAGCAGGCGGUGGUGGUGUUGGAAUAGCUGCUAAGCCACCAGUCUCGCAGCGUUCAUUCUCAGACCAGGAGCGUCGUCGGAGUGGCGGCAGGGCACCGUCGCGGUCGAACUCCAGCCAAUCUCUCUGGCACUCUUCCAGCAGAGGCAACCGUGCUUCUUUGAACCCAGCAAUGCAGAACUCCCUCAUUAGUACGCCCAUUGCCGAGGACGCGCCUAUGGAGUUCCCGAAUCCGAAGAGGUCAAGCCGGCGCGUGUCGGCACCACAUAUGAUGCCCUCUCGGAGCAACAGCGGGCCCCGGCCCCAAACGGCCUACAGCAUUAGCCCGUAUACCAGCACACAGGACCUCUUUGAGAUGCCUCGUCCGUUAACGCAACACGGUUCCACGCCCGGUCUCGCCACUGGGACGAGGAUGGAGUCGCACAACUCCCACCAACCACCACAGAGGGACGUGAGGACCGACGCUCAACGGCGAGAAUCGCUUCUGGCCGAUUGGCGGCUCUCGCAGCAACAACGAGCCGCAAGCACAGGCAUCACCGGUGUGAUGGCAGAGCAGGGCCGAGCUCAAAUGAAAGCCGAAAAGGAGAAUCAGAAGCUCGUCGAGGAACACCAGCGCAACUCGAUGCGACAAAAGCAGUACCUCAUGGACCAGAUGAUGAGACGGCCGGACAUGCAAGAUCUACACCGCGAAGCCAUGCGCAAGAUGCAGGCUAACGCCAACAAGAAGCUGCGAUCCUCGACCGGCUAG